UUGUUUUUAUUCUCUACAAAUUCACCUGAAAUGUGACCUGUGUGAAUAACUUGAACCUUGAGCUUCAGCAGCUCAAACAUGACACCAGAAACUAAGCACACAUGGCUGAAGGAAAUGCACACAAUGGCAGACUUGCAAACAAAAAUAUGCUGGAGUUUCCCCCUGGGUGGAGAAGACUGGAAGGGAAAGGGAGAGAGUAGGAGGAGGAGGAGUGACGGAGGAAUUGAUGUGAAAACAGAGAUGAGACACUGAAGGCUUGGAGAGAACACUGAUGAGGACUCUGUAGCUUAAAAACUCCGUCAUGGCCAGAGACGACUGCACCAACAUAGAUGACCUAAUGAAACGCUAUUACCUGCCUGUAUCCUAUGGAAUUAUCUUCAUUGUGGGCCUGGUGGGAAAUAUCACAUCCAUUGGCAUUUACAUGACAAAGCUGCGUCCAUGGAAGAGCAGCAGCAUCAUCAUGGUAAACUUAGCGUUUACCGACCUCCUCUACGUCCUCAGCAUGCCAUUCCUGAUCUUCUACUACAGCAACGGGGAUUCAUGGACCCUUGGAGAUUUCAUGUGCCGCUUUGUGCGCAUUGGGUUUCAUUUAAACCUGUACGGGAGCAUCCUCUUCCUGACUUGUCUUGCAGUUUUUCGUUACAUGGUGGUGAUCAAACCUUUGAUGGCUGCACAGGUGCAGCAGAAGAUUUGGGGUAUUAUUGCAUGCUCAAUUGUGUGGAUCCUCGCUGUUGCCGAAAUCACACCUAUGCUGACGGUGAUAUCCCUGAAACCCAAAAACAAUAAGACAGCCUGCUUGGACUUUGCUAGCGCCAUACCCUGCUAUAUGCGGUGGUAUAGCUGGUUGCUCACUGCACUUGGGUUUCUACUCCCUCUAGUGGUGGUAUUCAUGUGUUACAUCGGUAUAGUGAAACAGUUGGCGAAAGGGCCCCACACAAACAGUCCAUGUCGAAUGCGAGCAAGGCGAGUAACCGUGUGGAUCCUGGUGGUGUUCGUAGUGUGUUUCCUUCCAUAUCACAUCUUGCGUGCAUGGAGGAUAGAAACUCAAGCGGCGGAUAAUGAGCUAAGCAUGUUCGUGCAUGCUGCAUACAUUAUCUCCAGACCUCUAGCUGGACUCAACACUUUUUUUAACCUAGCUUUAUACACUCUAUCUGGGGAUAAAUUCAAGAGGGCCUUUCUUAGCACUUUUUACUGGGAGUGCUGGCUGACCAAGGCCAGGUCAUUGAUCAAUCUGGCCAUCAUUAACAAGGCAGACAAUGACAUACCUGCUGUGUGACCGACUGCCUUCCAACACCUGACUCAUCUCUCUCUUAUGGACAUGCUCUAGAGACUUUCUCAGGCAUAAUGUCGGGAAAGCUGCACAACGGCUGCGGUUUCUUCCGUGUAC